AUGGGAGAUCAGAACAACCCAGAGAAGCCAACUCAAUCAAGCAUGGCAUCCAAACUUAACAACCCCAAUCACCCACUGUAUCUUCACCAUGCAGAUCAGCCUGGGUUGGUUCUUGUAUCACAACUUCUCACUGAGGAGAACUAUAACACAUGGAACCACUCCAUGACUAUGGCCUUAAUGGUCAAAAACAAAUUUGGCUUUGUUGACGGAUCGAUGAAACGACCAAACAAUGAUGCAGGGGACGAGUUGCAGCAAUGGAUUUGUUGUGACAAUCUUGUCAAGACUUGGAUAUUGAGUUCGAUCUCCAAGGAAAUUGCAGCCAGCGUGUUCUAUUGUGAUGGAGCACAAGCAGUUUGGAAUGAGUUGCGGGAACGAUUCUCUCAAGUAAACAGCGUCCAACUCUUUCAUAUUGAAAAUGAGAUACGUGAUUGUGUUCAAGGGACCAUGUCUGUUGGCUCCUACUUUACCAAACUCAAAGGAUUAUGGGAUGAGAGGGAUGUUCUUUUCCCUAUUCCAGCCUGCCAUUGUGGAACUAUGAAGGAGGAGUUAUCUUAUCGAGAAACACAGAAAACCAUAAAGUUUCUCAUGGGAUUAACUGAAUCCUUUACCAUGACACGCGGACAGGUGUUGAUGAUGGAUCCUUUGCCCAAGGUCAGUAAGGCUUUGCACGAAGCGUUCACAACCAGAUGCUGA